AUGUCAUCUUCAGCGAGUGACCGUGGGCCGAGGGGGUCCGAUUCCCUCGGUUCUGACGGCCAUAACUUUAACGAAAGCGAUUUUGAGGCGUUCAAGAUUUUUGCGGGGGGUCUGAACCGCAACACCACCGCCGAAACCCUGCGCGAUCAUUUCGGCCGAUUCGGUACUGUAGUGCAUUCUGAAAUUGUGUCGGACAAGACAACGGGGCGUUCUCGCGGGUUCGGUUUCGUGACUUUUAACAAUGAUUCUGCCAUGAAGGCAGUGCUUUCAACAAGUCACAAAAUCGACAACGUGCUGGUCGAUGUGAAGCAGGCAAUAAAGAAGGAGCGAGCCCGAGAUUUGGUCCCCAUUCGCGAGGAAGUGAAUCGUAUUUUCGUGGGCGGUAUAUCAGACAGCGUUAGCGAGGAUGAGUUCAAGGAAUACUUCUCCAGAUACGGCAAGGUUGUGAGCUACAACUUCAUCGUCGACAAGACUACGAACAAGCCGCGUGGCUUUGGGUUUAUCAUCUAUGACAACCCUGCAGACGUGGAUAAGGCAAUUGGCCACCACACCAAGCUCGGUCGCAACUGUGAGGCGAAGAAAGCGCAACCGCGGCCUGCACUGAGCAAGGGCACGUCCGCUCCCGCCCCGGAAAACUUUGAUUACGCGGCGUACUACUACGCGCAAGCCAACAUGAUGUACAACCCGUAUUUCGCCCAAAUGUACGCAAAUGGCCAGAUGCCGUUUUUCAAUGCCAUGUACCCGUACAACUGGCAAGGAGGUGAGAACGGCGCGGAGGGCAUGCCAGACGGCCGCCUGGCCGGAGAGGAGGAAGUACGAGGCAGCCGUGAGAAGCGGUACCACAAAUCUUCCGACCAUUACUCGAGCGGACCGUCCCGCGGUAACCACAGGAAAUCGUCGCGCGCUGAGCCGUAUUAG